AGUUUAACAAGGAAUUUUUUCCCCCAUUUACUGUAGAAUUACAGGCCAAGCACAAGGAUAACUUCGCCAUCUACAAUCAUACUCUUGCCACUACUUUAGUAGAAUAUGCUUCUGCGGUGUACAUGUCGGAUUUGAUGGAACUUUUUACUUGGACAUGUGAAAGAUGUGAUGGUUUGACUAAGGGGUUUGAAGUUAUUGAGCUUGUGGUUGAUAUUCAGAACUGUUUACAGGCGUUUGUUGGAGUGGCAAAGGAUCUUAAUGCCAUUGUUAUUGCCUUUAGAGGAACUCAGGAGCACAGCAUACAGAAUUGGGUUGAAGAUUUAUUCUGGAAACAGCUUGAUUUAAAUUACCCUGGCAUGCCUGAUGCUAUGGUGCACCAUGGAUUUUAUGCUGCUUACCACAACACAACCAUACGCCCUGGAAUUCUGCAUGCUGUUAAAAAAGCAAAAGAAUUUUAUGGAGACCUUGAAAUCAUGGUGACAGGGCAUUCAAUGGGAGGCGCUAUGGCUUCCUUUUGUGCACUUGAUCUAACGGUUAAUCAUGAAGCCAAGAAUGUUCAAGUUAUGACAUUUGGACAACCUCGUAUUGGGAAUACUGCCUUUACUUCUUAUUACAGCAAACUUGUUCCAAACACAGUUAGAGUUACAAAUGACCAUGAUAUUGUGCCUCAUCUGCCACCAUACUAUUCCUAUUUCCCGCAAAAGACAUACCAUCACUUUCCUAGAGAGGUGUGGCUGUAUAACCUUGGACUGGGAAGUCUGGUUUAUAGAGUUGAGAAGGUCUGUGAUGGUUCUGGUGAAGAUCCAACCUGUAGUAGGUCAGUGACAGGGAACAGCAUUGCAGACCACUUAAAUUAUUAUGGUGUCGAUUUAAUGUGCCAACAAUGGAGAUCCUGCAGAAUCGUGAUGGACCCCCAUGUUGCAGAGUAUGGUGAAACGGAUCACAAAGGAAAUAUUGUUUUGUCCAGAGAUCCAGCCAUGGUUGAUCUGAAAAUGAACACAGAGUCAAAUGAAGGGGGAGUUACAUCCAGUACAUGAUUUACCAGUUCGUGAUAUCCCCUGGAAGAUGGGGCUGGUAGCACAGUUCAUCGAUUUCCACUUCAGAUAGCAAUAUUUUCAUUCUUCCAUUGAAGCCUUGUAAAAAGCCAUUGAAAAACGAAAGUUAUUAAUGUGGGUUUGGGGUUAGAAAGGAAUUCAUGUAAAUAACUAUCAAAACCUGUACAUUUUUUACCUUCAUGAAUAUUGAAUCCUAAAUUCCAAUUUAACAUCAUUUCUUCUUUCUCA